CGCCCAGAGAUGCAGAGCUGAGGUGAGUUGACACCCACCGCCCGCUCCCCGGCAACAAACUCCAGUCGCCGCCCCUCCUCCCUCGUGCUCUGCUUUUUAUACGGCGCGCCGCCGUGCUGGGCUUCCGUCCAUCUUGCACAGUACCUCGCCGGCAAUGGCCGCGGCGACGGCGUGGGUGCGCUCCCUCAGCUGCAAGUACUCUACCGCCGUCGCCGACGACGCGUACAGCCCGCUCCUGCCCCCGUCCAAGAAGCACCCGCCGACGCCGACGGUCAAGGGUGCUGCCUCCGUCGCGUUGCUGCCGCCGGAGAGGGGCAGGGAGAGUCGGCGGUCUAGGUCCAUGUCCAGCGAGCGGGACCGGCCUCCUACCGCUACUGCUACUGCUAGGAAGACGAAGAAGAAGGAGGACGCCACGUCCGAGCUCGCGAGGAAGGAGAAGCUGAGGCUGCCGCUCGCGGCGUCGCUGGAGCGGCCGAGCUCGGCGCUCCUGGAGAUGACGGAGCUGCCCGAGGGCCACCCGUCGCGGCGCGUGGUCGAGCUCAUCUUCGCGUCGGGCUGGGCGCGCACCGACGGAGCCGCGGAGGUGGAGGUGCUCUUCCGGGUGCACAGCACGGCGCGCGCGGUGGCGCGCUUCGAGUGCGCUCGCGCCGCCGCCCGGGCGCGCGGCGAGGCCGCGGGCGACGCGCGGUGCGCCGCCGACGGCAACGAGAUGAUGCGGUUCCAGUGCCGCCCCGCCGCGGAGGCCGAGGGCGGCAGCGAGGUGAUCUGCGCGACCGUCUCCACGUGCCACCAGGCCGGCGCGGCCAGGGCCGUGCGCACGUUCGCCGGCAGCGGCGCGGCGGACGCGGGCGCCGGGGGCGGAAGCCACGAGGGCCGCAGGGGCAUGCUGGUGUGCCGCGUCAUCGCCGGCCGCGUCCGUCGCGGCUCCACCGACGAGCACCCCGGCGAGUACGACUCGGCGGACCCGGGGGACGGCGAGCUGGUGGUGCUGGACCGGCGCGCCGUGCUCCCGUGCUUCCUCGUGGUGUACAGGGUCAAGCCUCCUCCGGAGCUGCACAGCUCCUCCAGCUGAUCCGACGCCCUUGCCAUGGAUUCACUGUCGUGUUAAUCACCAUCACCGCCACUCACUAAUCCGCUAACUGCUAGCUAGGCUCGGAUCGAUAUCGAUCUUCCUUCCCCCAUUCCUCCAUGACCGAUAGAUCGAUGCAAUGUGUGCAUGUGAGACUGUAAAAAAACUCCAUUGUUUUCCACCCCCCACGAUUGUUGACCGAAAUUGUACCAUACAUCAAAGAAAUGCAGCCACUACUUGAGUUCA